CUAGAUGAUCGUUUUUUUCAAUAUCCAGUUAACUGGUGUGGAAUUCAUCCCUAAAAGAUUGUUGCUGUUUGUAUUUGACUGUAAAACAGAUUUCAUGUCUGUGUCCGUUCAGACUGUAAGGAGGAGAUGUUGCUGAUACUCAACUCCACCUCCUCCAGCCCUCUGGACCUGCUGACAAGUAAUACCAGCUCUGCACUGGCAGGGGGCACUGUAGCAGUGCCUAAAGACAGCUUCUCUAAUGCUCUCACCAAAAACAUAGUUGCCAUGCUGGUAUGGCUGGCCCUGAGCAUCAUCAAUGGCAGCAUGGUGCACACCUUCCUACGGCACAGUUUCUUCUAUGAGAACCCCCGGUACAUCAUGUUCAUCUACAUGGUGAUCAAUGAUGCUCUGCAGCUCAGCCUUGUAACAGCUCUCUAUGUGGUCAGCUACAUCUUCAGGAAGAUCCACGCUUCGUUCUGCUGCUCUCUGGUAAGUCCCUACCACAUUAAAUGUAUACCCAUCUCUGAUAAAAUCCUUUCAUGUGCAGUCCUCACCACCCGCUCCACCCCACUCAUCCUGGCUGGCAUGGCAGUGGAGCGCUACAUCUCCAUCUGCUUUCCCUUACACUACAGCCAGAUGUGCACUGUUCCUCGCACACUCCUCCUCAUCUGUGUCAUCCUCAUCCUCACCGCCACCCCACCUGUCUCUGACCUCCUCAUCACCAUCGUCAACGAGCCUCUAAGCAUCUUCCACACCACCAUUUUCUGCGACCACCCACUUCUCUUCCGCCACCGCUCCAUCUACUACAAGAACUGUGUGUUUGACGGGGUGUACCUGUCCUUUGUAGCUCUGACGCUGCUCUACACCUACUGCAGGAUCAUGCUGACAGCACGAGCUGCCUCAACAGGCCUGGCCUCAGUGAACAGAGCGAGGAAUACCGUCAUGCUUCAUGGGGUGCAGUUGCUGCUGUGCAUGCUUGCAUUCGUGGUUCCUUCCCUUCAGGCUGCUCUCAUCUCCCUCUUCCCCCGCUUCAGUUUGGAGAUUCGUUACAUCUUCUUUUUGGUUGUCUACAUCAUCCCCCGUUUCAUGAGUCCUGUCAUCUAUGGUUUUCGGGACGAGCAGUUCAGGAAGUACUGGACCCGAUACCUGGCUUGUCGGAACCAAAGGAUCAUCAGGGUCAGACCGGUGUUACUGAAAGUGAACCUGUCUUCCAAAUGAUAGUCAGUCAAUGGGACUUCUGACUGACUUGACAAGUGCUGGAAUUACUGACUUUACUAUUGACUCUUUACUAAAAAACUAUAAAACUUUUCUGUUUACAGAAACACAGCAAACUUCUAUACUGAGAUUAAAAUAAUUUCAGUUGCAUCAAAAAAGAAAGACGUGCAGAUGGAUGAGCAAAUGUGUCAAAAUAUUGUUCAGCUGUUUAUAAAGCACCUUAAACAAAGCAUGGUGUGAACUUUGAUGUUGCAAUCUUGCCGCUAAGCCUUCAUUAAAGGCCCAAUACCACAAAUCCACACACAGAAAACCAGUGUAAUCAUGGUGGAAAGUAUCUGAAGCCAGAACCCAUGUUUGCAAUACAUUCCCCUUCGUGCAAGUUUUAAUGAAGCAGUGCUUGAUAAAACCAAUAAAUUACAGAUCUCUCCAUAUUCACAAUAACUAUGAUAUCAAAAGCAGAAGAAGAGGAAGACCUUUGGCCUUGUGCAUCUCUUGUUUAUGAGUUCACCUGUUUGCCUUUUCACUAGUUAUUCAGUAGUUAACAAUAAUUGCUUAUUAUUAAUUCUGAGUGCUGUAUCCUAGGCAACUGGAUGUGUUUCAGUUUGUUGAAGUUGUUUCAUAUCUCAUCCAAGAGGCUUCUUCAGUUCUAACUAUCUGGAGGUGAGUUGCAGGCUCACAGUCGAAAAACAUUUAAUUCAAAAUAAUUAAU